ACUGUGGUUUUGGAGGUUGUUUUUGUCUUUCUAACGAUACCCCUAGCCUUUCCCAAUGUCCUAAUCACCUUCAAUUCCAAGCCACUUGAUCAUUUGAUUGCGCCACAACAACGAACCCUCACGAAGGACUACGAGUCUGCAACUCACAAUGGCAGACUCGGUGAAUGAGAAGGAGAAGAUUGGUGCACCAACACGACCUGAGGAGAACGGCAUCGGCAAGACGACACAGGAGGUCACACUUACCAAGGAUGGCUUCAGCGUACACCCCCAGCCCGUCGUGGGCGACGCCAUGGAUCCCCUCAACUGGUCCGCCUUCCAGAAGAAUACUAUCCUCGCCAUUGUGAUGGCAUUAUAUUUUAUGUUCACCUACAUCACCACAACAACGGUACCCUCCUUCCCCGAGCUACAGGAGCAAUAUUCCCUCACCCUCGAAAUGGUAAACUGGACCGUCGCCAUCCCAGCCCUGGGCCUCUCCAUUGGACCUUUGCUUUGGUCAUCCCCCGCAGACAUCAUCGGCCGCCGGCCCAUCUUCAUCGCAGGCACCAUCGUCGCCUUCGCCGCGACCAUUGGCGCCGCAAAAGCCCCUUCGUACGGGGGCUACAUGGCUGCUCGCCUCUUCCAAGGGCUUGGCGUCAGUCCCGCUGCGACUGUUGGCCUGGCCAUCAUCAACGACAUGUUCUUCGAGCACGAGCGCGGACAAAAGGUCGGCCUAUGGGUGUUGGCCAUCGACUUGGGCCUUCUUGCGGGUCCGCUGAUUGGGGGGUUCGUGGAUCUGAUUGACCACUACUGGAUUCAAUGGAUGACGGCCAUCUUCUUUGCCGUCAUCCUCGUCGCAGAGCUUGCGUUUCUGCCUGAGACGUUGUAUCCGAGGGACUACAUGCUUUCCAAGACCAAAGGUGUCGUGUCUGGUGCCACGAGCGGAGCCGUGGACGAGAAGGCUAUUGGUUCGAUGGCGGCGCCAGAGGCAAUGGAACUUGCGAGGACGAAGAAUUUGGGCUUCUUGAACCUGAAGCCUGUUCCGGCAAUGAAGCAUCCCAAGCCGUGGGCAUCGAUUGUGCGGUUCGGGAAGUUAUUCAAGUUCUCCGUGGUGCCCAUCGCGACAGGAGUGUACUGCUUCGGAUGGUACUGGUGGGUGUUGUCGGUCAUCACGAUGAUUCCCGUAGCCUACAUUGAUUACUCGCCGCAAGUACAGGGACUCUUCUUUAUCGGCUUAAUUGUCGGUACUUUGAUCUCGGAAAUUUUCUUCUCCGGGCAGCUGAGCGACUGGCUUGUGAUCAAGCUCGCGAAGAGCAACGGAGGCGUAAAGACUGCAGAGAUGCGUCUGUGGCUGGCAUAUCCCGCGGCUCUACUCACAUCCAUCGGUCUUAUCAUCUGGGGCGUUAGCAUCGACAAAGCGUACCACUGGAUGGUCGGACAAGUUGCCUUUGCUCUUUUCGGCGCAGGAAUCCAAAUGGGCAACACGGCCAUCUGCUCGUACAUUGUCGACGCGUACCCGCUCCAGAGCAUGGCAGUCAUUACCUUUUACGCGGUGCUGCUCAACCUUAGCGCCUUCAUCGAUCCCUUCUUCAUCGCACCUUGGGUCACAAACGUGGGUUACACCUGGACAUUUGCCGGACACGGCAUCAUUACAAUAUUCUUCUGCAUACCGGCGCUAGGUCUGUUGCACAAGUUUGGAGGUACACUUAGACAGAAGGCGGGAGAGCCGGACUGGGUUAACCCCGAGUACGAUCAUGAUAUUGUACAGGAAGCUUGAUUGUAGUCUACCUUUCCUGUCAUAGUUGAAAGGAUAGACUACGCGUACUCGUCACCAUUUUACCGCCGUUUUGCCCGUGAAGCAAGUAAGAAAAGCGAAAACGAGAGUGCGACGUUAGCUUUCUGAUCUCUACGGUACGCACGGCAAAGACUUUAACCGUUGAAUGAUGGACUCCGACAAGUUAAAGUAUAAACUAAUUCGGGGCGUUUGACUGAGUUGAACAUACUGCAAACUAAGUUUGUAACUUGUCUCCUGCAGCCCGGAAGCCUCCUUAGCAGUCAUGGGCCAGUGUAAGUUAUAUUCUUUUGGUCACAGAAGCUCUCUGGGAGACGUUUUGACCAAGUGGUAAUACUCAUUUGUCAUUUUCUCACUUGACGCUACAUCAAGACAAC